UUCGUAUAUAUAUCCCAACAGUGUCGAAAUGCAGUAAAAAUAGCAGAACAAAACAGAAAAAUCUCCAAGUUUCAAUCUUGCAGCCGUGUCGUUUGGUUUUCGGAGUUUGAUUUGAGUCUGUGUUAAUGGCCCAUCUCGGAGGCGGUGCCGAGGCACACGCUCGUUUCAAGCAGUAUGAAUAUAGGGCGAAUUCUAGUUUAGUUCUUACAACUGAUUCUCGGCCUCGUGAUACUCAUGAGCCGACAGGGGAGCCGGAAUCUCUCUGGGGAAAAAUUGACCCUAGGUCAUUUGGUGACCGUGUUUAUAAAGGUAGGCCGCCGGAGCUGGAUGAGAAACUUAAGAAGUCUAAGAAGAAGAAGGAGCGUGAUCCGCUUGCGGAGCCAGUUCCAGUUAGGCAGAGUAAGAGGCGUAAGUUACGUGAGGAGAGUGUUUUGACUGUUACGGAGGAAGGGGUUUAUCAGCCCAAAACGAAGGAGACUCGGGCUGCUUACGAAGCUAUGUUGAGUUUGAUUCAGCAGCAGUUGGGUGGACAGCCGCUUAAUAUUGUUAGCGGUGCGGCUGAUGAGAUUCUGGCUGUGCUUAAGAACGAGGGGAUUAAGAAUCCGGAUAAGAAGAAGGAGAUUGAGAAGUUGUUGAAUCCGAUCCCGGGCCAGGUUUUUGAUCAACUUGUUUCGAUUGGGAAGUUGAUUACGGAUUAUCAAGAUGGUGGUGAUGGAGCUGGGGGUUCAGCUGUGAACGGGGAUGAAGGUCUUGAUGAUGAUGUGGGGGUGGCGGUUGAGUUUGAAGAAAAUGAAGAUGAGGAAGAGGAAAGUGAUCUUGAUAUGGUGCAGGAUGAUGAUGAUGAUGAUGAGGAUGGGGUGGACAAUGGCUCCGGGGCGAUGCAGAUGGGUGGUGGAAUUGAUGAUGAUGAUAAUCAUGAGACUAAUGAGGGGAUGAAUCUAAAUGUCCAGGACAUUGAUGCUUAUUGGCUUCAGAGGAAGAUCUCCCAUGCUUAUGAUCAACAAAUUGAUCCACAACAGUGUCAAAAGCUUGCUGAAGAGGUGCUCAAGAUUCUUGCCGAAGGUGAUGACAGGGAGGUUGAGACCAAGCUAUUGGUGCAUCUCCAGUUCGAUAAGUUCAGCCUUAUCAAAUAUCUUCUGCGGAACCGGCUUAAGGUUGUAUGGUGCACUCGCUUGACUAGGGCUGAAGACCAAGAAGAGAGGAAGAAAAUUGAGGAGGAAAUGAUGAGCUUGGGUCCGGAUUUGGCAGCAAUUCUUGAGCAGUUGCAUGCCACUAGGGCAACUGCAAAAGAGAGGCAGAAGAUUUUGGAGAAGAAUAUUAGAGAAGAGGCUCGUCGAUUAAAGGAUGAUAGUGGCGGAGAUGGGGAUAGGGAGAGGAGAGGUCUUGCUGAUAGAGAUGCUGAUGGUGGUUGGCUGAAGGGUCAGCGCCAGUUGCUUGAUCUUGACAGUCUUGCUUUUGAUCAGGGUGGUCUUUUGAUGGCGAAUAAAAAAUGUGAUCUUCCUGUGGGUUCUUACAGGCAUCAUAGUAAGGGUUAUGAGGAAGUCCACGUUCCAGCACUGAAGGCAAAACCAUUGGAAUCGAAUGAGAGGCUGGUAAAGAUAUCUGAGAUGCCAGACUGGGCCCAACCAGCGUUCAAAGGGAUGCAACAGUUGAACAGGGUUCAGAGCAGUGUGUAUGAAACUGCCCUUUUUUCCGCUGAUAACAUCCUACUCUGUGCUCCUACUGGGGCUGGGAAAACUAAUGUUGCUGUACUCACCAUACUGCAACAACUUGCCUUGAAUAUGGAUUCUGAUGGUUCAAUUAGCCACAACAACUACAAGAUUGUGUAUGUGGCACCCAUGAAAGCUUUAGUUGCUGAAGUUGUUGGUAAUCUUUCUCAUCGUUUAGAGGCAUAUGGUGUGACUGUGCGGGAGCUUAGUGGAGAUCAGACACUGACUCGCCAACAAAUUGAGGAGACUCAGAUUAUUGUGACAACUCCAGAGAAAUGGGAUAUUAUUACUAGGAAGUCUGGAGAUCGGACAUACACACAGAUGGUGAAACUUCUUAUUAUCGAUGAGAUUCAUCUUCUUCAUGAUAAUAGAGGACCUGUUCUUGAAAGUAUUGUUGCCAGGACUGUUAGGCAAAUUGAAACCACAAAAGAGCAUAUCCGGUUGGUCGGGCUGUCAGCUACACUUCCAAACUUUGAAGAUGUAGCAUUAUUUUUGCGGGUUAAUCUUGAAAAAGGACUCUUUCAUUUUGACAAUAGCUACAGACCUGUCCCCCUUUCUCAACAGUAUAUUGGAAUCACUGUGAAGAAGCCAUUGCAGAGAUUCCAGUUGAUGAAUGAUAUUUGUUAUGAAAAGGUAAUGGCAGUGGCUGGGAAGCAUCAAGUCCUUAUUUUUGUUCAUUCAAGGAAGGAAACUGCUAAAACAGCUCGUGCAGUGCGAGACACUGCACUUGCUAAUGAUACACUUAGUAGAUUCUUGAAAGAGGAUGCUGCUAGUCGUGAGAUUCUCCAGAGUCACACAGAUAUGGUUAAAAGCAAUGAUCUCAAGGAUCUACUGCCUUAUGGUUUUGCGAUUCAUCAUGCUGGGUUGGCAAGGACUGAUCGUCAAAUUGUUGAAGAACUCUUUGCAGAUGGACAUGUACAAGUGUUGGUAUCAACUGCAACGCUUGCUUGGGGUGUGAACUUGCCUGCUCAUACAGUCAUUAUUAAAGGGACCCAAAUUUACAGCCCAGAAAAAGGAGCAUGGACUGAGCUAAGUCCUCUAGAUGUGAUGCAGAUGCUGGGACGUGCUGGAAGGCCUCAAUAUGAUUCAUAUGGGGAAGGCAUCAUCAUCACUGGCCACAGUGAACUUCAGUACUACCUUUCAUUGAUGAAUCAACAGCUUCCUAUUGAGAGUCAGUUUGUGUCUAAACUGGCUGAUCAGUUGAAUGCAGAAAUCGUUCUUGGAACUGUUCAGAAUGCUAGAGAAGCCUGCAAUUGGAUUGGAUAUACAUAUUUGUAUAUUCGCAUGUUGAGGAAUCCCACACUUUAUGGAUUGCCAGCUGAUGUUCUUUCACAGGAUUUAACUUUGGAGGAGAGGAGGGCUGAUUUGAUCCAUUCUGCUGCAGUUAUCUUGGACAAGAAUAAUUUGGUGAAGUAUGAUAGAAAAAGUGGUUACUUCCAAGUGACUGAUUUGGGCCGUAUUGCUAGCUACUACUAUAUAAGUCAUGGAACAAUCUCUACAUAUAAUGAGCAUUUGAAGCCAACCAUGGGGGAUAUAGAGCUCUGCAGGCUGUUUUCACUCAGUGAAGAGUUCAAGUAUGUGACAGUCAGACAAGAUGAGAAGAUGGAAUUGGCUAAGCUUUUGGACCGUGUUCCAAUUCCAAUAAAGGAAAGCUUGGAGGAGCCUAGUGCAAAAAUCAAUGUUUUGCUGCAAGCAUAUAUCUCGCAGUUAAAGCUUGAAGGGCUUUCAUUGACAUCUGACAUGGUGUACAUAACUCAGAGUGCUGGACGUCUUAUCCGAGCCCUAUUUGAGAUUGUCUUGAAAAGAGGUUGGGCACAGUUGGCUGAGAAGGCUUUAAACUUGUGUAAAAUGGUUACCAAGAGGAUGUGGAAUGUUCAGACACCCUUGCGGCAAUUCAACGGCAUACCAAAUGAAAUUCUUAUGAAGUUGGAGAAGAAAGAUUUGGCCUGGGAUAGAUAUUAUGACCUGUCAUCACAGGAAAUCGGAGAGCUGAUUCGUUUCCCUAAAAUGGGAAGAACACUUCACAGGUUCAUUCACCAGUUUCCUAAGCUAAACCUUGCGGCCCAUGUUCAGCCAAUUACUCGUACUGUCUUGAGGGUUGAACUUAUAAUAACACCAGAUUUUCAAUGGGAGGAUAAGGUUCAUGGGUAUGUGGAGCCAUUUUGGGUGAUUAUUGAGGAUAACGAUGGUGAGUAUAUUCUUCACCAUGAGUACUUUUUGCUGAAGAAACAGUAUGUUGAUGAGGACCACACUUUGAACUUCACAGUGCCGAUUUAUGAACCAUUGCCACCUCAAUAUUUCAUACGUGUUGUCUCAGAUAAAUGGUUGGGAUCACAGACUGUUUUACCCAUCUCCUUCAGGCAUCUUAUUCUACCAGAGAAGUACCCUCCACCAACUGAGCUAUUGGAUUUACAGCCCCUGCCUGUUACUGCAUUGAGAAAUCCUUCUUAUGAGGCUUUAUAUAAAGAUUUUAAGCAUUUUAAUCCAGUUCAAACUCAAGUCUUCACUGUUCUGUAUAAUACGGAUGAUAAUGUUUUAGUGGCCGCACCGACAGGGAGUGGGAAGACCAUCUGUGCUGAGUUUGCUAUAUUAAGGAACCAUCAAAAAGGACCAGACAGUACAAUGCGAGUAGUUUAUAUUGCACCUCUUGAAGCUAUUGCGAAGGAGCGAUAUCGUGAUUGGGAGAGGAAAUUUGGCAAGGGUCUUGGGAUGCGGGUGGUUGAGUUGACUGGGGAAUUGGCAAUGGAUCUGAAGUUGCUUGAGAAAGGUCAAGUGAUCAUCAGUACUCCUGAGAAAUGGGAUGCCCUUUCUCGUCGCUGGAAACAGAGGAAGUAUGUUCAGCAGGUCAGUCUUUUCAUUGUUGAUGAACUUCACUUGAUUGGUGGUCAAGGUGGUACAGUGUUAGAGGUGAUCGUCUCCAGGAUGAGAUAUAUUGCUAGUCAGGUUGAGAAGAAGAUCCGGAUUGUGGCUCUUUCAACUUCUCUUGCAAAUGCUAAGGACCUUGGAGAAUGGAUUGGAGCAACAUCUCACGGCCUUUUCAAUUUCCCACCUGGAGUUCGUCCUGUACCACUAGAAAUACACAUUCAAGGCGUGGAUAUAGCCAAUUUUGAAGCAAGGAUGCAAGCGAUGACUAAACCCACUUACACUGCUAUUGUCCAACAUGCCAAAGGAGGGAAGCCAGCUAUUGUGUUUGUUCCUACAAGGAAGCAUGUUAGACUCACUGCUGUGGACCUAAUGAGUUACUCCAGAGUGGAUAAUGAAGAGGAGCCUGCUUUCCGGUUGCGAUCUGCUGACGAACUUAAGCCUUUUGUUGACAAGAUUAGCGAAGAAACAUUGAGAGCCACUCUAGAACAUGGAGUUGGCUACUUGCAUGAGGGUUUAAGCAGUUUGGAUCAGGAAGUUGUUUCCCAGCUCUUUGAAGCUGGGUGGAUUCAGGCUUGUGUUAUGAGCAGUGCUUUAUGUUGGGGAGUUCCAUUAUCAGCACACUUGGUGGUUGUAAUGGGUACACAGUAUUACGAUGGGAGGGAGAAUGCUCACACUGAUUACCCAGUUACAGAUUUGUUGCAGAUGAUGGGCCAUGCAAGUCGUCCUCUUCUUGAUAAUUCUGGCAAAUGUGUAAUCCUCUGUCAUGCUCCUCGUAAAGAGUAUUACAAGAAGUUCUUGUAUGAAGCAUUCCCUGUUGAAAGCCAUUUGCACCAUUUUCUACAUGACAACUUCAAUGCAGAAAUUGUUGCGACAGUUAUUGAGAACAAGCAAGAUGCUGUUGAUUAUCUUACAUGGACUUUCAUGUAUAGGAGGCUCACUCAAAAUCCAAAUUACUACAAUCUCCAGGGAGUAAGUCACAGACAUCUCUCUGAUCACCUUUCAGAGCUUGUUGAGAACACAUUAAAUGAUUUGGAAGCAAGUAAAUGUAUUACUAUAGAGGAUGACAUGGAUCUUUCUCCUUUGAAUCUUGGCAUGAUAGCCUCUUACUAUUACAUCAGUUACACUACCAUUGAGCGCUUCAGUUCGUCUUUGACUUCCAAAACAAAGAUGAAGGGUCUUCUGGAGAUUCUGGCCUCGGCUUCUGAGUAUGCAAAUCUUCCUAUACGACCUGGGGAAGAAGAGGUUCUUCGAAGAUUAAUUAAUCACCAGCGGUUUUCCUUUGAAAACCCCAGGUUCACUGAUCCACAUGUCAAAGCAAAUGCUCUGCUUCAAGCCCACUUCUCUAGGCAGCUUGUGGGUGGGAACCUAUCACUAGACCAGCGAGAGGUGCUAUUGUAUGCUACUAGGCUGCUUCAAGCUAUGGUUGAUGUUAUUUCGAGCAAUGGCUGGUUGAGCCUUGCUCUCCUCGCAAUGGAGGUGAGCCAAAUGGUGACACAAGGUAUGUGGGAGCGAGAUUCAAUGCUUCUACAGCUCCCACACUUCACUAAGGAACGAGCCAAGAGAUGCCAAGAGAACCCUGGCAAGAACAUAGAAACUAUUUUUGAUUUGGUGGAGAUGGAAGAUGAUGAGAGGCAUGAGCUGUUACAGAUGUCUGACUUGCAGCUGUUGGACAUUGCAAAGUUCUGCAAUCGUUUCCCCAACAUUGAUUUAUCGUACGAUGUGCUUGACAGCGAGAAUGUGAGGGCUAGGGAAUAUGUCACCUUGCAGGUUACCCUUGAAAGGGAUCUAGAGGGGAAGACAGAGGUUGGACCCGUUGAUUCUCCCAGGUACCCAAAAGCAAAAGACGAAGGGUGGUGGUUGGUUGUUGGUGACACCAAGAGUGACCAGCUGCUUGCUAUAAAAAGGGUGUCUCUUCAGAGGAAGGCGAAGGUGAAGCUUGAAUUUGCCGCUCCCACAGAAGCUGCAGAGAAGACGUACACUUUGUAUUUCAUGUGUGAUUCUUACCUAGGUUGUGACCAGGAGUAUAACUUCAAUGUUGAUGUCAAGGAAGCUGCCGGGCCUGAUGAAGACAGUGGCUGAGUGUAAGCUCCUCGUAUCUUCUUUCUUUUUUUAUGAACCUACUGUUCACUGUUUUGGCAUUCUACUUGUUACUUGGGUUAUAUCAUUUUGCAGUAGUACUGAUGUCCAAUGUAUUGCUUAUGUAUUUUAAGCUCCAUUGUACUACUAUCUUUUAGGCUAUAAAUGGAGCUUUCUUCUAAUA